AGCAGUGGCCCUCCCGGGACGUCAUCACUUGAGAUCCUUGACAUGGAGGCCAUAUAUGGGCAGAGGAAACUGAAGAAAGAGGUGGAGAAGCACAAGCUUUUUGAAGACUAUCUGAUUAAGGUCCUUGAGAAAGUCCCCAAGGGCUACGAUGAAGGAGAGGAGCCAGAGGAGGCCCAGGUGGAAGCACGGGUGGAGGCCAUGGUAAAGCGCUACUGGAAGCUCUUCACAGUCAGCCAGGACGCCCAGAAGCACCUGGAGGCCUUCUCCAAGAUGAACCAGGCCGUCCACCAGAGCCUGGAAUCUCUAGAGGAUCGCCAUAGAACCCUUAUCCCGAACCUCAAGACCCAGUUGUGUCAGCUGCAGAAGAGGUGUAACCGCAGGCAAAAGCAGCAGCGGCAGUUGGAACAUAAUGUCAUCUACGAGAAAGACACGGGCAGCUACACUAACCAGCUGCUCAGCUAUAUAGAAAAGACCAUCGACAACAUGGCCCAGCAGUGCUGUCCCUCAGCCCGCACUGUGCCCAAGAGCAUGGGCCUCUUCUCCAAGCUCGACCUGAUUCAGGACUUUAUGUUGGACAAAAUGGAGACUGUGAAAUUGAUCUCACUGCUCACGGGACCCAGAGUGUGUUGGUCAGGCGACAGCCUCAAGGACCAGAGAUUCAGAAGGUACCCCGGGCCCUUCAGGAAAUGUCCAAAUGGUCAAGAUUGGACCCCCAGGAUUCCCCUUUCCCAGCACCCAAACGUCUGAGUACUCCAGCCUGUACUGACC